CAGAAGAUUGUGUUGAUGAGUGGGGCAUUCAUGCCAGCUAGUGUAGAGGGAGCAAUGUUGAAGGAGUGUAUAGACCAAUACUAUGAAGACAAGCCUGUGUUCACAGUAGGCACAAUUGAUGAAGCAAAAGAUAGGUUGAAUGCAAGUGAGGGAGAAAAGCACAAAGCCAUUCUUAGAGUGGAUUUGGAUGCAGAGGUGACAAGGUUGGAGGAAUGCUUGAGGGAUGUGAAGAGACAAAGAGAGGAGGCAAGGACUAUGAAGGCUAAUGUGAAGCCAGUCAAAGUCAGACUAAAGCAAAGUGCUGAGUUGAGCAAGAUCAUCAAGCAGGUCUUAGACUGGAUGAUGGACAGUGUUGUUAUGUUGACACACUGCAAGUUGUUUUAUACAGCUAUGCUUAUGAGGACAACUCAGAUGUGUGACAAAAUGCUGAACAAGGCUAGAAGUGGACCUGUGAAGGCAGAGGAGGAAGAGACGAGUGAGGAAGCAAGGACUGACAGUAGAGAGAAUCAGUACACAAGUAUGAGCAUUGUAUGCAAGGACAACAAAGCACAGUCAAGCCCAGCAGUAGAGCUGAGAACGAGCAGAUUGUAUGGGAAAGCAGUGGAUUAUGUUGGAUUGAGUCAGAUUCAAGCUAGAGAACGAGAACAAGAGUGGAGCAGAGGAGCAAGUGUGGCAAACAAGGCUGGAAGUGUACUAGCAAGGACAAGGGAGAAUAGUGUGAUGGAUGAGCAGCAGAGGCUGUUGCAAAGGGUAGUAGCAAGCCAGAUGAACAAGGUUGGAAGUGCAUCUGUAAGGAUCAAGGAGCAUUGGAUUGGCACCCUAGUCAGCAACAACAAGGCCAGAAGUGUACCAGUCAGGCUAGUGACAGUAAAGCUGAACAACAAAUUGGAGACUGAGAGCUUACUGGACCAGGGAGCUGUUAUGAAUGUGAUGCACAAAGAUGUUUGGAAACACUUGGGAGUACCAAAGGAGCAAGUGCAGACAAACCUCAGGCCAGCAAUUGCAGGAUCAAUUGUGAUCAAAGGUGUCAUUCCAAGACUCAAGGUGUUAGUAGGUGGAAUAUCAAUAGUGAUGCCAGUUCAUGUAGUGAAGGACACAACGUUUGACAUGAUAAUUGGGAGGCUGUUCUUUGUGUUAACUGAGUGUGAGACAAAGGAUUUCAAGGACAGUAAUCAGAUUUUGACCUUGACAGACCUAGCAGAUCAGAACCAGAAGUGUCAGGUUGAGACCUGAGCAGCUGUUGGAUGAAACCCACUACUCACUACUACUACCAUCUAUGUUAGAGUUGGAGAGGAUUGGUCUGGCAAGCCUUUGGCCUUGGUACAGGUUACAUUCUCUUUACUCUAACAUUCCCUUAUACCCCUUUCUUUUAUGGACACUCAUUCUUACUUGAGACUCACACUCUUUGUUUCUUUAUCUUACUUUGAUUGAUACCUUUUAUCCUUACCCACACUCCUUAUGCUUACCCUUUAUUAUUGCUUCUCAAAGCAAGUGACUGAGGACAGUCACUAUUUAAAGCUUGGGGAGGUGAAGAGUUCUGAUUUUGGUUACUAUCAGAUCUUCUUGAUUUUAUUUAAUUCUUUGGAUUACAUAAUCACUUUCUUUAUGUAGUUAGUUCUUUCCUAUUUGGAA